AUGUCAAAACUGACAAUUACUAAAAAGUGGCAGCAGAAAAGAGCAAAGGUAGCUUGUUCUGCACAUGCAUCUUACUCUCUUGUUGAUCUUGAUUCAAGUGAAGAAUACCUUGAUUCUAGUGGCAAUUCAGACGAAAGUUUGGAUGAUAAUUUUAUAGAGCUGGACAACCUUGAUGAUGCGAAUAUAAUCAUCGAGCAACUUCGUGCAUUUUUGCUAGUGGGAUCUAAAAAAAAAGGUGCCCUUCUGUCUAUGUUGGGAAUUCUAAACGUACAAGACAAAGAAGAAAUAAGACCUUCAGAAAAGCAUACACAACCACCAAUGGUAGAUAAUGAUGAAAAUUAUAGGGACUUUCAAGACCAGGGUGAUCAGGGUGACGAUGAAUUAGAAGAAGUAUUGGAUGAUGAAGUGCUCUCAACAACCGAAGAGGCUCAUUACCUGGCAGUUCUUUAUUUUCUUCAUUUAUGUUUGCAAGGUCAAAAAAAAAUAGAAGUGUCAAAAACAGUCGCAGACAUUGUUAAUGACCUCCGAGGAAGAUCCCCUUCAAAAAGCCUGCUCCAUGAUGAGUUGGUUUCUCUUCAAGUGGCCUUCUAUCUUCACUCUAAAAAAUUUAAUGUAGACCCUAUUAUGGUCAAAAAUUAUUUUAAACAAGAAAUCCUUUCCCUAUUGAACAUUGAAUCUGUGCAAGGUAUUUCAGUUAGAACACGCCUUGAUGUCAUCGAAUACUGCCAAACUUUUCUCCUGAAGGUUGCCCAGCUUGAACGAUUUAUGUCCAAGUGGGUCGAUCCAGAAUGCAAAAUGAGGACCUUUCCCGAUCUACAUUGUGAUGAAAAGAAACAUGUAUGGAUAACACAUGAUGAAACCACCUUUUAUGUUUAUGAUAGACUGCAUUCUGUAUGGAGCCCAGAGGGAGAACAGCCAUUAAGAAAAAAAGGGCUGGGUGCUGCUGUGCACAUAAGCGACUUCUUAACAGAAACUAUAGGAUCACUUAAAGAUGAUCAGGAAGAAGCACAUGUAAUGAUGGUUUUGGGUGCUAACUAUGAUGGUUAUUGGGACUCUGAAAAACUCCUUAAGCAAGUAAAACGAGUGGUUAAUAUUUUUGAGCGAACACAUCUGGGAUAUGUAGAUGUGCUUGUGGCUUCAAAAAUGAAUCUUGGUCUGGAUGGUUUGGCUCCAAAAAUGUGUAAAACUAUGUGGAAUGGUAGUCGUCAAUCAAUGCCUAAAGGAAUUCAAUGGGUUCUUAAUGAAAGAGGAUUAUGGCGGGAUGGUAUGAUGCUUGAGUGUAUUUCAUGUAAAAAAAAAGAGGCAGAUCCAAAUAUUAUUGAUUGCUGUGUGCAUCGGUUAAUGGCUAACCAGCCUGACUUUCUUGAGCAAUGUGGUCAAAUUCAGCAAGAAAUUGAGUCUCGUGGGCAUAAGGUUAUAUUCUAUCCCAAAUUUCAUCCUGAGCUCAACUAUAUCGAAAUGUAUUGGGGAAUGGCCAAAAAAUAUACUCGAUCUAAUUGUGAAUAUUCACUUCCAAAAACCAGGGAAUCGAUCAUUCGGGCUUUCGAUUCUAUUUCCGUAGAGCAAAUUCAUUCCUUCACUAGACUUUCGUAUAAGUGGAUGGAUGCUUACUGA